AUGAAAGGAAUGCACUUCAAUGCAAAGGUUAGUUACACUCUUUUCUCUUUUUGCCAUCAUCACUAUACUGCCGCGAAGUCUAACCCAUUAGAUAAGAACUUACUCUCUCACUAUGCAGAGAGUAAUCAUGAGUAAAAAAAAGUGUUAGUGAUUCUGAAUUUAAAAUUCAUACACAUUGAUAAUGUAAACACGAUUGCCUUCUUCCAGCUAAGAAAUAUUGUGAAUUACAGUCUACAGCAUAACACAGCUUCAGCCAUGUUGUAGGUCCCUGGUUGAUUUUUGAAUAUCAGUGUAGUCUAUUUUUUAUUCCAUAAGUAAACCAGAUAAUGUUGUACAUGAUGUCUCUGUCUCUUCUACUUGUACAUAGAUUUCUACAUAACAAAGUGCCAUCAAGCCUGCAGGACAGGAGGCAGUGGCCAUUUCCACUGCCCUCUCUGCAGUAAAACUGUAAUCCGAAGGGAGAAUGUAGAGAGGCACCUGAAAAUGUGCCCUCAACUGUCCGUUUUACAGAUGCAUAACCCUUUUGCCCAGCUAGUUUUUCCCCAUACUAUUCACUUAUUGUUCAGAUAAUUUUGCUGUGUCCAUACAUUUUGACAAGAUGGUGCAGUUUUUCUGUUAAAUAAUGUUAGAUGUCUAAAAGACACUGUGUACACACAGACGCUGCAUUGACGAGAGUUAAGGCUUCGUCAAAGUAUGCACUAUGCAUAGUUGCUUUGCACCUCAGCAUUACACAGAAAUAUUAAAUGAAAUACAAUAUUGCUUCAAAUUACACAUUUCCCUGAUAUAUGGUAUUCAUGAUUCAACAGGUGUAGGUUUUAGAAGGUGAGGAACUGUUGAUUAACUUUUUUGAAACUUAGUUUUGCUUCAUACAUUUUGUGUCAUUACCAGUUAUAGUUUAGGUAUGCACUGAACCUGUCAGUACUUACACCUACUGCCUUUUGUCCCAGGUAGAGGAGAGACCUGGAGAAAUAAAAAAUCCAAGUCAUCUCAUCCCUGAUGGACAUAAAGACUUUGGAAAGAAGGACACAUCUGAUGACUGUGAAGGGAAGGAAGACUUUAAAGAUGACGGCAUGGGACAGGAGGAUUGCACUGAGCAGGAGGACAGCAGCCUUACAGUGGACAACCCUCCCAGCAGAGUGAGGCGGGCAAAAUGAAGGAAGGGCCUUUGUCCACGCUGCAACCUAGAAUUCCUAAAUAAAAACAUGAAGAAACAAAUAUAUCGGAGACAUGCAGACAAUGCUGUCAGAGAUGUUCAUGUUUACAUUAGACGGCUUGCACAGAAAAUAAGCCCUGGCAGGUGGACUGAGAAGAUAGGACAUGAUAUUACGGUAACUCAUGACCUAUGUUAUGUUAUGGGUUUACAUUUAUUGUCUGUAUUAGGUUAGGCAAAAACAAUAUGAAUUAUCACUUAGUAACACGUGUGUUUGUGUGUGUGUGUGUGUGUGUGUGUGUGUGUGUGUGUGUGUGUGUGUGUGUGUGUUAGGAUUUGCCCUGCCAGAUGUUCGGCAAUGACUGUGGGAUAUUUAUGUUCAUAGUAAGAUGCCUUUGUGCUUGUAUAUGUACAACAACUUGCUCUUUCUCAGGUCUAGACAUGCAAGUAUAAAUCUGCAUACAUAGACUUGAUGAAGAGCCAAUGACUUGUAUCUUAUCUCUAAUGUACAAUCGAUUAGAAAACCUCUGGAAGAUAUCGGUUUUGUGAUAUCUAGAGUUUGUUUCUGCCCAGCGUUAAAUAAAGUCAUUUUCUUUAUUCAUCUUCUGUUUCAGUACACACAUUGUCUUGCAACAAAUGCCUCAUUUAAGUUCCAAGACGUGAGGUUACAAUUUUAAUUCCCCUAACAGAAAAUGUGCAGCAAAUAGAGCCUGGCUUUCUGUCUGGUAAAAUAUCCCAGAGCUUCUACUUGUGCCCCUCACAUUUAGGGGGACAUGCCUUUGAUAAGACGAUGGUGGUGUGUCCGGCUAAUGGAGCGCUUUGAAACUGAAGGGUAUGAGUGCACUUUAUUUUAAAGGCCUAGUUCACCCUGUUUUCAAUUCACUUCCAUUCAAAACACUCAGCGCCAGUCUGUUCCCCUCACCUGCUCUCAACACACCGGGCGCUGAUGGGGUAAGUCAAUGUACCUCCUUACAGUGCUUGGAGGAUGAAAGUGAUGGGGCAAUUUUGAAAAGAGGGUAAGCUAGGCCUUUAAGGGAUUUUUGUCAACAGCAAAAUAUUACUAUAUUACUUGGUGUUGCCUCUUAACAAACUUCUAUCCUCUCUCAAAUUGUAGAUGAAGAGCAAUCGGUUUGCCUACUGCAUAAGUGAGGCAGUUGAGCUUCUUGCUGGAAAGGCACAACCAAUUUUCCGCAUUCCACGGAGCUCUGCAGUAAGCACGGACAUCCCCCAACACAUAAUUCGGGCACAGAAGCAGAAAAGGGCAGCAGAUGAUAUCCUAAAUGUCAUUAAGACUGGAAUGACAGAUAGACGCCUCAAAGUAUGUUGAAAAAAAAAUACACUAUCCAUAUACUUCCACUACUAUUGUCUAAUGAAAAGUUUCAAAGAAAAAUUGCUUUAAAUUAAUUUGUGCACAAACCUAUUUUCUGUGCACAGGCUGUCAUGGCUGGUGAUGAACUAUCCAAAUCGUUGGAGUGGUAUCUCAGUGACCCAAAAUUCCAGGCUGCUCUUUAUUUCUUGGACGACAAGCAGUCUGCAACAUUGUGGUCAUACAUGUCCAGUCUUUUUGAUAACACUCCCACAAACAUUCAUGUCCAGAACAAGGUUAAGUUCUGCCUCAAUGUGUUGUUUCCAGAAGUGAGUAGCUUAUGGUCAAGGUAGUUUCCCUCCUCCACUCAUCGUACGUUUCAGUUAGGCAUCCUUGUAUUCACACUUGCCGUGAAUGCCAAACUCAAGCAAUGGUACAGACACUGGAAUUUAAAACACAAUGAUAGAUAUACUACUCAUCUUCUAUAUAAAAAUUUCUAACCUAAAAAAAAUCUCAAUAAAUUUUUAACAUGUUGACAGCUUGAGAUCCAGCAAAAAAUAAAUCUCCAACCAGCUUCACCAUUCUUUUUCAUCCUACCAAACAGGCUACGAUAUGUGCAAUUGCACAUGACCAGGGUGUGAACCUGGAGGAUGCAGAGCGCCUCUUUUUAGAUGACCCACAGUUGCAUCAAUGGUACAAUAAAUUGUAA